AUGCUCCACAUUGAACUCGGUAUACCUGUUCCAGAAGCACUGCAUCACUGGGUUGUGGUAGAUGGAUAUGCUGAUCGCCAGGUCCGAUAUCUCGACCAUCUCGACCAACUAUUUGGGAUAGCACGACUCUCCUCAGAGCUUCGCAGAUCGCACGGUUUCGAGCCAUUUGUUCCCGUAACGACUAGAGUAGAAAGGAGGUUGUGCAGAUCCGCUCUAGACGAAUGGCAAAGGUCAAGCGGGCGUCAAAACACAUUGCCCUCAGCAGAGGGCUAUGUGCAAAUCACCAAAGCAGUCAACGAAAAGGCUGAUGGGCAGACCAUUCAAUAUAAGCUCAUCGACCAUGUUAAAAAGUUCGUCGAAAGUGACGAGAAGAAAAGAAUGAAUGACACGUUGACCAAUCUAAAACAUUCGUCCGCGAUGCGGCGAAUGGGUGCUGGUUACCAGGCGAGAUUGUCGACAGAGGUGCAUCACAUCAGCUCAAGCGAUCCUGUUGUGCGCAACCUUGGACCCACAAGACCGCUUGAGCAGCCUGUCAGGCUUAUGAGUCUCGCCCUUUCUGCACCAGUACCACGACCUGUUGAUCCCUCCGCGCCUGAAGUUUUCGUCGAAAAAAAAAGGCAGUCAUGCGAUGUACACAGAGCUUGCAAGAGCUACAGUCUCAAAACAUGCGGUGCAUAUCAAGUAGCAUAUUGUGUGCUUCAUCCCAAAAGUUUGAGUCGUGCUGAGCGCUCCUUCAGGCCUGAAGUUUUGAGAUUAUGGAAUCGCCAGGCAUGUAUUGCAGUACGAAUGCAAGAGGAGUUCAGGAUCGAUAUUGCCUACAGCUUGCACCACGAAUCGCUUAACGUUUUUGCACAGCACAAGCUCCAUUCUGAUAUUGCGAGCAGUUCAAGCAAGCUGCUCGGCUUCCUUCAAUCUGACGCAAAUUUUAUUAAGGAUUUACUGAAAGCAUACAUUGAGGAACAGAUAUUCCACAACCCCUUUGUUCAGGGAAAUGAUAGUUAG